GGAAGGCGAAGUCGCCGAAACGUCAGCCAUCGACCAACAACAUCAACAACAACGACAACGAAGACCUAUCCACUCAUACCGUAUACACCAAAUUACUACCGUAUCGCAGCUCUGAGCGUCAAAUGCAUUCUAUCAUCGUUCGUACUUAUUCUGUCUGCUACGAUUCGAAGAGAUUUCUUGAAGCAUUUUACAUUGUUUAUUAUGAUUCCCAUAGUACUUGACUGUGGAUUUGAUAUAUACACGGAGAUCAAGGCCAGUAUUACCUCCUAUGAAAAAGCCACUAAAUUCAAAAACCGAAGUCGUAGAACCACCGUAAACUGCGACUUAUUCAAUUCAUUAGUCGGCUGUUGGGAAGAUGCCGUUGUCGAUAACAUCGGCGAAGAAUUCAAUCGUCGUUCUAGCGCGACGAAGUCGUUCGCUCUUGUCUGCUACAUUUUGUCCGAUAUUCUAUUCUGGUCGACACUUUUCACAUCUGUAGCAGCGUUCUAUUACGCUCAUACAGCGAUCGCUCGUUCUGAGGAAAUCAAGCUUAAGUGGUUCUUUUUCACUUCUUUCGUUCAUUUUUUGUUAUUCCUCUUUUUGCAGUCAUUCAUUCUGUUCUUUCGACGACGUGAUGAUUAUACAAAAUCCUCUCCAUACGAUCAGGUUCGUGAUGGGAAAUGGCGUUUGUUCUCUUUCAUACUUUUCCAAAUCGUCGUUCAUAUCUUAACUAUUCCAUAUCUUUCGAUAUCGCUAGCCCAGGACUUUUUGGUCGUACUCGAUUUUCCAUCCCAGUGCGUACAAGCACUACCACUACAUCAAGCAGCCGACAUGUUCGUCGUGCAUAUCACCACUUUUGUUGUUCGACCAUUUUUAAUUCUUAUCACUAUUUUGUUUCUAAUCGCACCAUAUCGUAAGACGUUCUUGCUUUUAUUCUGUCCGUGUUGUCCUUAUAAUAGCUAA